CUGUGUCUCUAUGUGGUACCACUAGGCAACCGUGGGCGCAUCACUGGAUAUGCAAAAGUGCGCAGGAGCCGAGCAAAGAAAUCGAAGCAAAAGAAAGGGACGAAAGCARCCAAAAGGAGCAUCUGUUGGAUCUUUGUAUCAGUGGAACAAUGAGAAACCCGUCGAUGUUCCCAUAAGAAGGAAAGGAAAAGCUGCAGGAAAAGAGCCCUGGCGAUCGAGCAUCCAAAAAUGACGACAGCGGGACGGUGAUAUUAUUCUUCUUCCUCUUUUUCUUCUUCUCAUCAAGCUCUCUCUAUAUUUUUUUUUACCCUAUGCCUGGAGUUUAUCUCAUGUGCGCGCAGAGCACAAAGGAAAGGACUGGGAAACCGAAUGAUCUCCAACGCAGUCGCCAGUGCGCGCAGGGAGGUUUCGUUUAAUUGAAUCGAAUAAUUACGCAGAGACGUUUAUAUUAUUUGUGUUUUACAGAGCGCAGGGAGAGAGGGGGGAUUUAAGUUUCCAAUGAAAACUUACUGCGAGUGCGGCUCCUGAGCAAGUCGGUUAAAGCCUCAGCUUUCAAGGGGGAGAGAGAUGAGUGAUUCACGACGCAGUAACUGAUAAAGCUGUAAAACCUGGACUGCGACUGGCGCGUUUGGAUACCUCAUCCUUGAGAGUCUCUAUUUAUUUAAUUUUUAUUUAUUUAUUUCUGAUGGCUUCUUAUCAAGUCAUGCAUUAUUAAGAUUUCAUGGCUAUAGAGAGUAGCAACAGUGCUGUGUGGAGAAAGAGGACAGUAGAAGUCUAACAGGAGGGGUAAAGACAUCAUACUUUUCCAAACAGGAGACAUUGCGCACGGCUGCAGCAACUACCAGACUUUUUUUUUUUUUUUUUUUUGAAGAACACUGAAUCCUUUGGUAUUUCUUUCUGUCAUCGUAGUAUGUCUGCACUUCGAAAGAAAUUUGGGGACGAUUAUCAGGUAGUGACCACCUCCUCCAGCGGGUCCGGAUUCAAUCAGCCUCCCCCAGAGAAAAAGAAGAAGAGGCAACGCUUUGUGGACAAGAACGGACGUUGCAACGUCCAGCAUGGGAACCUGGGCGGUGAGACCAGCAGGUACCUCUCGGACUUGUUCACCACGCUGGUAGACUUGAAAUGGCGCUGGAAUUUGUUCAUCUUCAUCCUCACCUACACGGUGGCUUGGCUCUUCAUGGCCUCCAUGUGGUGGCUCAUCGCCUACAUCAGAGGAGACCUCAACAAAGCGCACAACGACAAGUACACUCCGUGUGUGGCCAACGUGUACAACUUUCCCUCUGCCUUCCUGUUCUUCAUAGAGACCGAGGCCACCAUAGGCUACGGCUACAGAUACAUUACAGACAAAUGCCCCGAGGGGAUCAUUCUGUUUCUGUUCCAGUCCAUCCUCGGAUCGAUCGUCGACGCGUUCCUGAUCGGCUGCAUGUUCAUCAAGAUGUCUCAGCCCAAGAAGAGGGCAGAGACGCUGAUGUUCAGCGAGCAUGCGGCGAUCUCCAUGCGUGAUGGGAAACUCACUCUUAUGUUCAGGGUGGGAAACUUGCGUAACAGCCAUAUGGUCUCUGCACAGAUCCGCUGCAAAUUGCUCAAAUCUCGUCAGACUCCUGAGGGCGAGUUUCUUCCACUGGAUCAGCUGGAGCUGGACGUAGGUUUCAGCACUGGGGCUGACCAGCUCUUCCUCGUCUCGCCACUCACGAUCUGCCACGUGAUCGACACCAAAAGCCCCUUCUACGACCUCUCACAAAGGUCCAUGCAAACGGAGCAGUUUGAAAUCGUGGUGAUACUUGAAGGCAUCGUGGAGACCACAGGGAUGACCUGCCAGGCGAGGACGUCGUACACGGAGGACGAGGUUCUCUGGGGACACCGGUUCUUUCCUGUCAUCUCCUUGGAGGAGGGCUUCUUCAAGGUGGACUACUCUCAGUUUCAUGCCACGUUCGAGGUCCCUACUCCUCCCUAUAGCGUGAAAGAGCAGGAGGAGGCCCUCCUUCUGUCCUCGCCCCUCAUGGCGCCCUCCCUGUGCAACAGUGGGGAGAAAAACAGCUCCCUGGACUGCCUGGAGACGCUGGAGGACAAUGACAGCACCACCAAGCUGCCUACCAAGCUGCAGAAGAUCACGGGCCGGGACGGUCUGCCCAAGAAACUGCUGAGGAUGAGCUCCACCACCUCAGAGAUGACUUACAGCUUCGGAGACCUGCCCAUGAAGCUGCAGCGAAUCAGUUCGGUCCCCGGCGUCUCUGAUGACAAACAGGCUGGGAAGGCCUCCAAGAUCAGCACAGAGCCCAUCAGUAAGUCGGUGGCGGACUUGCCCCCGAAGCUGCAGCGACUAGCUGGGGGAGGAGGCGGGAGGAUGGACGSACACUUGCCACCUAAACUUAGGAAAAUGAACUCGGAUCGCUUUACAUAAAAGCACACAACAAAUUUUAACUCCUGCUAUCUCCUUUUUUUCUGAACCUGAAAUCCUUGUACUAUUCCGUAUUUAUUAACGGACAAUAUUCUUAUAUUAAAGGAGCUGUAGAAUAUGUGCACAAAUACCUUAUAUAAAGUAGGGGGAUGGAAAUGAGCACAUUUGUCCCUGGAUGUAAGUGUUCUUGCUCUAAUGAAAGACCUCAGAUUUAUUUAUUUUUCUUUCUCUUUCUGUUUAUUUUUCCUUUCUUUUUUUCUUUUUUAGGAUGAUGUACAAUUAGCACAAUCUGGCAUGUAAGAAGCGACGCAUGUAGAACCGAAUCUCAGUUUCUGGCAUGACAAUUUGUUGAUUUCACAAAACAAAAAGACCAAAAAAAAAAAAACAAAAAACUAUUUCAUUAGUGAAUUUACAGACAGUGGACAAUUGCACAAAGCCAUAUGAUUUACACCACUGAAAACUUACAUUACACUGGUUCUAAUCUGUAGUGAAGAAAGGCACAUGUUUGUUUUGAGUUGAUUGCUUUUGUUGUUUACUGUAAAAUUGUGGCAAUGUUACGUUGGUUGCAUGCUCCUCUUACUGACUUAGCUAUACAAAGGUAAUAGACAAAGAUGUUUAGCCUUAACUAUAUUACCUUGUUCCCAUUUUCAUGUUUGUUCACAGCUGUAUUUUUUGGUAUUUCAUAUACAGACUAUUUUACCAUGUGCGCUUUAAAGAUUUUAUCUGAUUGAAUACAGAAAGUGCUGCUAGAUGAUGCAUACUAUAUUUACAAAUGCGUUAUUAGCGUCAGUAAAACUGGGCACAACGAUACGCAAUUUUCACUUGCUUAUUAAUGUAACACUUAAGUUGAAAUACUCUAUAGCUGUAACCGAUAAGCACAAAACAAUCAUAUGAAUCCUUAAGAUGUUAGAAAGCCUUUCUUGUCUCAUCAUAUACCAAAAUGCAAUCUUCAGUAAGUCAGUGCCGCUUUAACAAGGGCACCACUAGAUUUUCAACUUACGUGUUACCGGUUAGAUUUGGUGGGCCUGUAAAAAAAAAAAAAAUUGAAAUAAUYUUCGUUUUUAGGGACCAUAAUAUUCCUCCUUUGUGAUGAAAGCAAUAAUAUUAUAAAAACUACAACCUACAGCCACAGGGUCUACCACGCCCCCUAUGAUUGUUUUGUUUACUCGAUCUGUGCCAUGAAAUCUGAUUUUCUCUAAAUGCAUCAAAGACAUUGUAUGAUAACUGAUCUAUUCAGGAAUAAAGAUCUAACGUAACUAUUUAGUAUSUUGGUACUUGGUGGAAGAUAUUUGGUGCGUUGCAAGUUUAAUGAAUGCAUUACUGCCGGCUGAUUGCAAGAGGUAAUAAUCAGAAAUUCAAAAAAUAUACAUAUUUGUGUAUGUAUGUGACUUGUUUGCAGCUCCCAGCAUUUUAUUUUUUUUUGUGGUCUCUAACAGAUUUUCUUUCAAUAUUGUCCAGGAUUUAGCUCCAUCCAUCUUCCCAUACACUCAGACCAGCUUUCAUGUCCCUCCUGAAGGAAAAAAGCCACAGAAUAAUGCUGCCACUAUGGCCAUUAAACACUCUAUGUGUUCAAGAUUAUAAGCAUUAUUACUUUUCAGUCAUAAAUCCAUUACCAAAAUGCAAAAACCUCUUAUCUGCAGCAUUGUCUGAUUGGUSGAUUUAACUUGGAGGGCCAAGUUAUAAUUGCACUCUGCUCCAGUCUUAUCCAUGAAAAUCCCUCUCAUUGUUGGGGCAAAAUAGUCACCUGAUUAAAAAAAACUACCAUCAGGUUUACUGGGAAGACAUUGGAGCAAAAUAAGAACCAUUUUUCAGAGAGAAAAUCUUGCAAUUUGAUCAUCAAUUUAGCAUUGUACRAGUAGCCCUAAAAUAUCUUUUUGKUUUACUCAUCUCUCACCUAACUCUUCUUGUUAGUUGCUUCUCCAAUUAAUACUCUCAAUACCCAGUGUUUCAAGUUCGGUGGACAGGGAUGUCGUCACUGGCUUGCUGUCGUGUAAACGCUUUACAUUUUUGAAUAACAGAUUGAACAGUGCAUUUUGUGAUGUUUAAAGUUUAGGACUUUGUUUUAUAACCUAACCCUGCCAGAAACUUCUCCACAACUUUAUCUCUGACAUGUCUUCACGACACUGUUUAUUCACUAAUGUUUUCUGAACCCUUCACAGUCAGCUGGAUUUAUGGGAUUGAAUYGCAACUMAGUGGACUGUCUUUUACAAAUAGGUGAUUUAUUUGUUUAUUUCAUUUACAGUUCGAAAUGAACAUGUCAGCAUAAACAAAGUUCUGGAUGAAAAGGMGUAAUUUGACGAAAGAAAAUCUUAAUCUAUUUUUGAAGCAACUGGUUGAACUGUAUUUAUUUUGGGGUAUCAGAGUAACAGAAGUUAAACACAAAUGCAGACUUUUCAUAAUUUUAUUUGUACCAUAAUUUCUGGACUAUUAGCAGCUACUUUUUCCACACUCUUUGAAUACUGUGAUGCGGCUGAUGUUCGGCUUUGUAACGUGUUUCAAAAAGCUGGACUGCUGCGUGAUGAAGAGGACAGCACAAGCUCAAGAGAAAGACAAAAGUGACAUUGGCAU